CAAAAGGCAGGGUACGACCACUGAAUUGGUUGUUGUUUAAUGGUUAGUCCAUGAAAGAAUCAAAGCCACCAUACUUAAUAAAAAAGAAAAAAAAUCAAAGCAACCAGCGGACAGAACGCAGCAACAUUUCAACUCCCAAAGCUCAAACCUCCACGUGAAACAAGUUCACUCUGCUCACAACCACCAUUUCUUGGUGUUAUAAAAACAAGUAAUUUCCAAUCAGGAUUUUCUUUUCUGUGCAAAACCCACUUCGAUUUUCCCGUACACUUUGACUGUUUUUAGAGUAGAUUUUAAUGGUUGCCCUUAGUAGAAUUGGCCUUGCCGGCCUUGCUGUCAUGGGCCAAAAUCUCGCCCUAAACAUUGCAGAGAAGGGAUUCCCAAUUUCUGUUUACAACCGGACCACUUCAAAAGUUGAUGAGACGGUCGAAAGAGCUAAACAGGAAGGGAAUCUCCCUUUAUAUGGGUUUCAUGAUCCAGAAGCCUUUGUUCGUUCAAUCCAGAAACCGCGUGUCAUAAUUAUGCUUGUGAAGGCUGGACCUCCUGUUGAUCAAACCAUUAAAACUUUAUCGAUUUACUUGGAGAAAGGAGAUUGUAUCAUUGAUGGGGGUAAUGAGUGGUAUGAAAACACUGAGAGGAGAGAGAAAGCCAUGGCGGAAUUGGGACUGCUUUACCUUGGAAUGGGAGUUUCUGGUGGUGAAGAGGGUGCUCGGCAUGGACCUUCUUUGAUGCCUGGAGGUUCCUAUGAGGCUUAUAAAUAUAUAGAAGAUAUCCUUCUUAAGGUGGCUGCUCAGGUUCCUGACAGUGGUCCUUGUGUCACUUACAUCGGAAAAGGAGGAUCUGGCAAUUUUGUUAAGAUGGUUCACAAUGGGAUUGAAUAUGGUGAUAUGCAGCUGAUUGCAGAGGCCUAUGAUGUACUAAAAUCAGUUGGGAAGCUUUCUAAUGAAGAAUUACACCAGGUUUUCUCAGAGUGGAACAAGGGGGAACUGCUGAGCUUCUUAAUCGAGAUCACUGCUGAUAUAUUCGGAAUUAAGGAUGAAAAAGGAGGACAUUUGGUAGACAAGGUUUUGGAUAAAACUGGCAUGAAGGGUACCGGUAAGUGGACGGUUCAGCAAGCUGCAGAGUUGUCUGUUGCUGCUCCUACAAUAGCAUCAUCCCUGGAUGCGAGAUUCCUUAGUGGUUUGAAAGAGGAGAGAGUUGAAGCUGCCAAGGUUUUCACAUCCAGGGGCUUUGGUGGUGUUCUUGCUGAUAUAGCUGUUGAUAAGGAAAAGUUAAUUGACGAUGUGAGACAAGCUCUAUACGCAUCUAAAAUCUGUAGCUAUGCACAGGGAAUGAACUUGAUACGUGCAAAGAGCAUUGAGAAAGGCUGGGACUUAAAACUUGGGGAGCUAGCCCGGAUUUGGAAGGGGGGUUGCAUCAUCCGAGCUGUUUUCUUGGACCGUAUAAAGAAGGCAUACGAUAGAAACCCAAACCUUGCUAAUCUUCUUGUUGAUCCAGAGUUUGCUAAGGAGAUUAUUGAGCGACAAUCCGCUUGGAGAGGAGUUGUUUCCCUUGCUAUCAAUUCAGGUAUUAGCACGCCUGGUAUGUCCUCUAGCCUUGCUUAUUUUGACUCUUACCGGAGGGAAAGGCUGCCUGCUAAUUUAGUUCAAGCUCAAAGAGAUUACUUUGGAGCUCAUACCUAUGAGAGGAUUGAUGUCUUGGGAUCCUUCCACACUGAAUGGUUCAAGAUUGCCAGACAGUCAAAAAUCUAAUAGUUUUCUGCUCUGGACUGAUGAUAACCCAUGUCAGUGAACCACUGUGCUUAAUGGCUCAAGGACCAUUUCAUUUUUAAUUUAUGUUGUCUUGCAAUGAUAUUAACUCAAUUCAAUUGUUUGGACGCGAAUCGUUGGACUUUAAUUCGCUGCCCCUUCUUUAGAGUAAGUGCUUUGACAUUUCCCUUUGGUUUUGAAGGAGCAAUUCUCUGUGGUGCUCGUUGAAAACUGACUAACUAUUAUAUCUUAUUUUUCUUCUUGUUACUUUGUAUUCUAUCAACCAUUUUUAACCUGGAAAGGCCAUGCAGCCAUAAAUGGCAUCUGUGUAGUUUUACAAAGCCCAUUGUGUAGCGGCCAGUGGAGUGAGGCCAGGUGCAAUGGUCCUAAAAGAAUUAUGAAUCUCACAUCUGUAUUAAAGUUGGUUUCAGGAUAUAUCAUGAGAUCUAACGAGAUUAAAAUGAAUAAUACCUUACGAGUUGGUAUAGAUGGUGAUACCAAGGCAGUUCCCAACCUCUUUUACCUAUCAAAGGCUUUACACAUUUUAACUACACCAAUUUGCAUUUGCUUCAACUGUGUCAGUAGCACAUUGAAUGAACCCUUUUCAAUUCCCGUUUUCAUUUACAUAUGUUACAUUAUUUUGCUUUGCCAAGAAGCCACAAAAUCUGGGGCUCUGCACAAUUAAAU